AUGGAAAUUAAUGUAAUUGAAUUACUUCCAUUAUUAAUGACUUAAAAUGAAUCAGUAUUUAUAAUUUAAAUAUAAAUAGAAAACUCCAAGUUUAAGUAGAAUAUCCAGUCAUCAUAAAAAGGAAAUUAUCAUGAUUGAUAUGGAUACAUAAGAAAAGGAAAUUGAAAAAAGACUUGCAUGCAUAGAUUGUAUUUCUGAAAAUCCAUUAAUCAAAUAUUCAACUAUAGAAAAUGUAAAUAAAUAAUGGAAGGAAUACAGUUCAGAAUCUGAAAGGAUUUUAAAAGAGUAUAAGAAGGAGAGUAAAGAAAAAAAGGCUGAAUUAUUUAAUUAAAUAGGUUAGAUGAGAAAGAAUUAUAAUUAAAAAUUAAAUGAAAUUUACGACAAAUUAUUUACAGAUUAAUACUUAUGUAUUGAUAAGACAAAAGAAUCUAAUUAGAUAAAAAAAAAUUCAAUUUAAGCAUUAGAUGAUUAAUAAUUACUGAAAGAUUAAAGUAAUUGGUAGAAAAGGAAAAUGUAACAUCAAAUUAAGCAGCAACAAAUGUAAAAAGUAAAGAUUAAAUUUUCAAGAAAGAGAUUGAGAAUCAUCUCGAAUUGUUAAAACAAUAUGAUUAAUAAGAUAUCUAAUAAUCAUUAGAUAUUUUUAGAGGCAUCUCAAGUAAUACAUUUAUUUAGAUUUUUAAAUAGUUGAAAGAAAUUUUAUAAUAUAAUUAUCUGAUACGAUUUCAUAAAUAUAGAAAUCUGUACAAAAGGAUGAAAAUUAUAAAGAUUAUAUUAAUUUAAUAUAGGAAAUAGAACUUAUGAUUGAUUAGGCAAAAAAAUAUUAAAGUUAAUUCAAUUUAUUUGAUUAGACUAUUUAACUAUAUUAGAAACAUUUUUAGAUAAUAAAAUAAAUUAAAUCAAAUAUUUAAUCUAAAACAACAGAUUAGACUAAUAAAUCAGAAUAAUUAAUCAAGUCUUAAUAUUAAAAUUUAUAAAAUAUAAUUAAUGAUUAUGAGAAUACCUUUGAGAAUAAUAGUAAAUAAUUGAAGAAGUUUUGUAAUAUUUAUUAAUUGGAGAAUGAUUUAAUUAAUUAUAAAGAAAAAAUUUUAAUUUAGAAUUAGAAAGUAAUCUUAUUAUUUAUUUCAUAGAUACAAAAUAACUAAAUUUAUAAAAAAAGGAAUUUGAAGAAAAAAUAACUGAUUUAAAUAAGAAAUUAGAGAUGAUGGAAAAAGAAUAUUAAAAUCUUAAAAAAUAAUUAGAUCAAGUAAAUUAAGAUAAUAUUAAUCUGAAGAAAUAAUUUUAAUAAGAUAAUAUCAAUUUAUUGAAGGAACAAUAAGAUUAAUGUAUUAAAUUUUUACAAUAUUGAAUAGAAAAUAAAUUAUAAGAAUCAUUUAAUCAAAAAAUGGUGUAAAAAGAUUCAGAAUUGAAAACCGUAUAAACAAAACUUAAUAAAAUUAAUAAGAAGUUAGAAAUAGAUAAAAUGGAAUUAGAAAAAGUAUGAAUUUUUAAUCAAAUUAUCUAAGAAUUUAUAAUUUUAAAAAGGCUAAACAUUUUCAAAUAAUUAUAAACAUAAUGAUAUUGUGAUAAGUGAUAAUGGAAAGAUUGUUGAUAUUGAUAUUAAUACUGAAGGCUAUUGUAUGUGUGAAAAAGUGAUUCCUAAAAUUGGUAUAAUACACUUUGAAAUCGAAAUACUUAGAAUUAGUUCGUGGUGUGAAAUUGGAAUAGGAUUUAGAGAAAUGAUUAAAUAAAAUGGAUAUCAAGGUGAUGGUUAAGGUAAAGGGUAUUAAAUAUAAUUAAUUAUAAUCUAGAUCAUACCUAUUAAAAGAAUAAGGUGGUACAUAUUUCCAUCAUUCAAAUAAUACUACUCAAGGAAAAGCAUUUAAAUUUUAAGUUAAUUAUAUAAUAAUAAUGGAAGUGAAUGUAGAAUAUAAAUAUAUAAAAUGGACUAAAUACAAUUCAUAAGAUAUUUUAGUAAAUAUUAUUAUAUAUAUAUAUUUAUAUAGAUCAAAGAGAUAGAUAUAUCUUAAGAUUUAUUUCCAUGUGUUUAUAUUAGUAAUUCUAAAGUGAAAAUUAAAGAUAUAUCAUCAUGA